CCCCUUUCCAGACCCCCGCAUGGCUUCUGCACCCAUCUCCACCUCCUCAUCUACCAUACUCCACCUCCGAGCUAGCGACUGUGCUGGGCUCCUGAGAGGCAGCUCCAACUAGAAAAAAGUGAGCUAGACACAGUGAGAGACAUUCAGAAGAUAGGGGAGAGGGAGGGAGGAGAGACAGGGAGAGCGAGCGAGAAGGAGAGUCAGGGACAGGCAGUGCUGAAAAGGAGAGCACAAAGAGAAGGAAAGUGGAGCAGGGGAGGGGAACAGGAGGCUGGGAGAAGGGAGAGGGAAAGACAAAAGAAGGAGAGGGGAGACGUAGCUGGGUGAAGCGGAGGGGACUGAGCAAAUGGCUACGGAGGAGACGGCGGGGGGAGCCAGGAAAGCCACCAAGAGCAAACUGUUUGAGUUCCUGGUCCAUGGAGUGCGUCCUGGCAUGCCGUCUGGAGCGAGGAUGCCCCACCAAGGAGCUCCGAUGGGACCCCCCGGCCCCCCGUACGGCGGGAGUCCGGCGGUGCGGCCUGGCCUGCCCGCCCCGGUGAUGGAGCCCAGUCGUAAGAGGCCCGCCCCGUCCCAGCAGGUCCAGCAGCAGCAGCAGCAACAGCAGCAGCAGCAACAGCAGCAGCAGCAGCAGCAGGCCGUGCAGAACCGCGCCAGGAAGAAGCCAGUUGGAUUUCCUGGAGCCAGCGAGAUGCCGGCGAGGCAGAUGGACAUGAGAGAGCCCCAAUCAGAUCCCACGCUCGGAUCAAAUGCUAAGAGAAGGAAAAUGGCAGACAAGAUUCUUCCGCAAAGGAUCCGUGAACUCGUACCUGAAUCUCAGGCCUACAUGGAUCUGCUGGCUUUUGAGCGCAAACUGGACCAAACCAUUAUGCGUAAACGCGUGGACAUCCAGGAAGCACUGAAAAGACCAAUGAAGCAGCAAAAGCGUAAACUAAGGCUCUAUAUUUCAAACACGUUCAACCCAGCUCGACCUGAUGCUGACGAUUCUGAUGGAAGCAUUGCAUCAUGGGAGCUGAGAGUAGAGGGGAAAUUGCUGGAUGAUCCGGGGAAGCAGAAAAAGAAGUUUUCCUCAUUUUUCAAGAGCCUGGUGAUCGAGCUGGACAAAGAGCUGUACGGUCCGGACAACCACCUGGUCGAGGUCAGGCAAAACAGGGUGUCUUUACCGCGCACAAAGAGGAAGAUCACGCAGCACAUGAUCACUUGUUUAUCUGCACUCAAAUGGCACCGCACGCCCACCACCCAGGAGACGGAUGGCUUCCAGGUGAAGAGGCCGGGAGAUGUGAGCGUUCGCUGCACCCUGCUGCUGAUGCUGGACUACCAGCCUCCCCAGUUUAAGCUGGACCUGCGCCUGGCGCGCCUGCUCGGCAUCCACACCCAGACCCGCUCCUGCAUCAUUCAGGCGCUCUGGCAGUACGUGAAGACCAACAAGCUGCAGGACUCUCAUGACAAAGAGUACAUCAACUGUGACAAGUACUUCCAACAGAUUUUUGACUGCCCUCGCCUGAAGUUCUCUGAGAUUCCUCAGCGCCUCACUAACCUCCUCCUGCCACCCGACCCGAUCGUCAUCAACCACGUGAUCAGCGUGGACCCCAAUGACCAGAAGAAGACGGCCUGCUACGACAUCGACGUGGAGGUGGAAGACCCCCUCAAGAGCCAGAUGAGCAGCUUCCUCCUGUCCACCGCCAACCAGCAGGAAAUCGCCUCCCUGGACAACAAGAUCCAUGAGACCAUCGAGUCCAUCAACCAGCUGAAGAUCCAGCGGGACUUCAUGCUCAGCUUCUCCAGGGACCCCAAAGGCUACAUCCAAGACUGGCUCAAGUCCCAAAGCCGGGAUCUCAAGUUAAUGACAGACGUGGUGGGGAACCCUGAGGAGGAGAGGAGGGCGGCGUUUUACCACGAACCCUGGUCCCAGGAGGCGGUUAGCCGGUACUUCUACUGCAAGAUCCAGCAGAGGAGGCAGGAGCUGGAACAGGCCUUAGCUGUCCGCAACACCUAAAGGCAGAAAGACCAUCCUGAAGUUCUGCCUCUGGAUUUUAAAGAUGCGUGUGUGUGUGUGUUUUUGGAUUAACGCGAAUUUACAGAAGUCCACAUUCAGUUUUUCAACAGAGUUUUGAAGUUAAAAAAAAAGGACCCAACAGAGGUUUGUCAGACUCAACAUAUGAGCGCACUUCAUCGACGUUAGCAGCACGGUUGGCUCUCAGAGGCUCGGCUUUGUAAAUACGUCCCGCCAAAACUGUCAACCAGCUGCUCACACGCCUAACUACGCACACUUUCUUUGUUAUUAUUAUUUGUCUUCGUUUGAAUCCUUUUUUUAAGGGUUUAUUAUUAACACCAGCAAAAAUAUGAGAUUACGGUUUUCUGAGCGGCAGCAGGUUACAAAACGUGACGUGUCGGUUGCCUUCAUCGUUGGUUUACAAGUCUCCACCAUGUCUGGUGUAAAGUAUUAUCAGUAGUCUCCGCAGCUCUGGACAGAAGUUUGCAUUCAUUGAUCACUGUCAUGAACAUCGUAUUAACUUUGGCCCUUUAAUGGCCUUUAAUGCCAACUCUUCAGUUGGCAUUAAAGGACCAGCGAGACUCUUUUGGCCUUAAUUUUAUGAGAACUUUUACAAUAAAGUCUUCCCCCCUGUGCUAAAAUAAGGAACAUUUAGCAUCUAUUGAAGUUAUAUUUUAGUAUUUGUUUUACAAAUAAGAAAAUACUAAAUCUUUUUAGCACAUAAGCAUCAAUUUAUUAUUAGUAUCAGGACUUUGAAACAAUUGUGACUAGUCUUGCAGUAUUAUGACUUUAUUAUCAUAAUAUUUUAACUAAUAUUACUACUUUAUGCUGGGAAUAUUACAACCUUAAUUAUGCUUAAUUAUUUAUUCUUGUGCACAAUACAGUGACUUUAUUCUCAUAAUUCUUUAGGGGG